UUAAUGUAAGGGCUGAAGAAGCAUCUCAGCUCAUGACUCAAAGUGCAGAGAUACAAUAGCUUGAAAAUAACUAUGUUAAAACUUGCUGUCUGAUGUGACCGGUCAGACCUUUGGGUAGAUCAAGCGCUUUCCACGACGGCAUUUUCAAACUGUGUUUGGACCAUGUUUCCUAAAAAUGUGCAUGUGAAAGUGCAGCAUGCAGUCUGUCCAAGAAGGGAGGUGGGAGCCUCAGCGUGCAUCUAAGGAUGCCUCGACACCCAGGCCUCGACCACCUUCUAAUUCGCGCCUCGCCCACGUGGAGACCACCACACCAGCUAAGAGAAUCACUUUCUACAGAAGCGGGGAUAGCCAGUUUGGAGGUGUCAGGAUGGCCAUCCACAAGCGCAGCUUCAAAUGCUUUGAUGCCCUGCUGGAUGACCUUUCACAAAAGGUGCCCCUUCCAUUCGGUGUUCGGACUGUGACCACCCCCCGCGGCACACACAUCAUCAAACAUCUGGAGGAACUCCAGGAUGGAGGCUGUUACCUAUGCUCUGACCGGCGCCAGCCUAAACCAGUCAACAUGGUGCAUGCCAGCAAACGGCAAAGCAUUUGGCACCAUCACAGCCGCAUACCCCCGCAACCAGAAACCUUGUCCAUGUCUUCAUCUGGCCACCUCCCUCACAGGCAUCGACAGAUCCUUCUGAUUAAAAACACAGAUCCAGGGAUGCGGAGAAAUUUGGUACUGAGCAGGAGGUCAAUCAGAAGCAUGAGGGCCUUUCUUGAAGAGGUGUCUGAGGUGAUGCAGUUCCAUGUCCGAAAAAUUUAUACUGCAGAUGGACGCAAGGUUGACAGUGUUCAAAGUCUGAUGACCUGCCCUGGAGUUUUGGUGUGUGUCGGCAGAGAGGCCCUCAGUCCGUUGCUGUUGAAGUUCCUGAGUAAGAGCUCAGAGGAAAAACUGCCUGUUUUGAGCAGCAGGUCCCCUGGUCUUGGUCCCAGGACUCCUGGAAAUGGGGCUCGAUCCCCUGGUAUUCAAGAAGCAAGAUCAUCCCCUUAUGGAGCUCAGUCCAGAGCCAGUGAGUUCAGUGAAGGACAAGAAAGCAAGAAAAGUGUUAACUUUGGUCUGGAAACAAAAAAGAGCAUCAUCCACCCUCGGUCUGAUUCAUCAACCCGAUCCACUCGAUUUUCAUUGUCCUCAGAGAAGUCCUUUGGCAAUGGUGUAAGAGCACACUUGCCGCAGAGACCAGCUAUAUUGAAUGAUGACAUUGAAAAGCGUGUCCUCGUCAACAAGGAUGGCAGUCUUUCCGUGGAAAUGAAAGUGCGUUUUCGCCUCCGCAAUGAUGAGACCUUGCAGUGGUCCACGCAGAUUGGAAAAUCGCCCUCUCUGACAAGUGACUGCUGCCCUCCAACCCAUCCCCACCACCCUUACUUACAAAAUGACCAAUCAGAAAGCUGCUCUGAUUGUGCAACAUUUGACCGAGAUUAUAUGAACUAUUCCAAUCAAUCGCUCCAUCAUGCAUUGGAUGUAAGCCAGUGCCCCUGUUGUUACCAGAUGCAAGGACAGCAGUACAACCUCUGGGAAACCCCAAUAAAAAGCCAUAAGCACCCACCCAUCCCACCCCCAUAUAUAUCUAGCCACACUCACGCUACAAUCAGACAGUCACAUUCCUCUUGCUCGUCCUCAUCUUGUAACUCGAUGAGAGUAGUGCGUUGCCAAGCAAAAUUCUCCAACUGUGGAAGAGUUUCGAAUUCAGAGCAGAGCCAGUUUGUCCAAGAGGAAACAUGUGUGAUGGAACAGGUAGAGCGAAGAGUAGAGAUGGGACCGAAUGAAGACACUAACGAGGUGUGUAUGAUGAGCAGGUGCUCCAGUCGGAGUGAAGUGGUCACCCUGGAUGGCAAUGUGAGAUCUCUUAGCGAGAGGUCAGUUGUAGAUGAGCCGAUGGAGGAAGAGGUAGAUCACCCACUGUCUCGAGUCACCAGCUCCUCACAUGUACUACAGUCAUUCAAAGAAGACCAAGAUGUUGAUGAUGACCUACCACCGAGAGCUUCAGAGUGCUCCCAUAGAACUAAGCCAUCUCUGAAUGGUCACUUGAACGCUAAUCAGCCAGUCAGCCACUCAACUGAGCUGGACAAGCUAGAGGACCAGGACGAUAAAGGAAGUGGAACAGCAUCUCCAGUCUCCUCUUGUCUAUGUGGAGCUGCCACCCCUCACAUAGCAAGCGAAGCAGCUGAGCUAGAUCAAACUCAUAGAUUCAGCUCCAAUGUACGUAGAGCCUCUUAUAGGGCCACCAAAGUUGUGAACCAAACAAAUGAGAGUGAACAGAUACAGAGCAUUGUUGAAGCUUUAUCUGGCACCUCUGGCCAGUCUGGGAUGUCGAGUGUAUGUCCUAAUUGUGGGGGCUACAAAUGGGUCGUCACCUCCAAUAGCAGUAGUAGAGUUUCACAGAAAUCAUGUCGUACUCCUCAAGCUCCGUCAAACCUGACUUCAUCUCUCGAAAACCAAGAGAAUGACAAUUACUGUACGAACGAUGAUGCUUUGUCUACACAAUCCAACAAAACAAAUCUCACAGCACAUGGAUCUGUCAUACCAGAUGUCCUGGAAAGUAAAGCAUCCAGUGCCAUUUCCAGAAUGUCCAGUCCUGAGCCAACAAAAAAGGAACAAGAAAGAGCCACCGCGGCUAUAACCCACAAGUCCAACACAUCACAGAAAUCUGUGUCUACUGGUGCCAUAACUGCAAACAAGAUAGAGAGAAGCUCCAGUGCUGUGUCAGGACAGUCCAACAAGUCCAACUUCAGUGGCACAGUUAAAAGAUCUAACAUCACAACAACAGAGGAAGCAGAGGGAGGCACUUGUGACAAAAGAGAAGCAAAACCUUGUAUUUCACCUAAGACUGUCUCAGGUAUCAGGAUGAACUCUCCAGCUGACAAUACAGCCUUGGAAAACACAAACAGUAGAUCUCAUAGUUGUCUUUCUGGAAAUUCAAAUGUUUCUAUCAAGUCUGGCAAGGAAGACAGACCCAACAGUGUCCUCUCAACUGAAUCAUCAAAGUCAAAUAUAUCAGGAAAGUCCAAAAUAUCUUGCCACAAGUCCACAAAUAGUCAAUAUGCAAUAGAUGAGCCAAAAGCGGUACAACCAAAUGAAAAGGAAGAAACAGACAUGUGUCUUGAAAAUCAAAAAAUUGGAGACAACAUACCAGACUGUAAUACAGCCGAAGAAAGGGCAACCAGUGCUUUGUCUGCAAACUCAACAACCUCUUGUCAGACAACUUGCACCGCAGGAUCUCCCAAUCUAAAGGAAGCCAAUGUUUCCUCUAUUGAGGGGAAUGGAAAUAAGUCAAAUGAUGCUAAAGAGCAGGUGGCCAGUGCCAUCUCUAUGAAGUCAAACUCUUCAUUGGGCUCCUGUGCCUCUCAGAAGUCAGUUUAUACCAAGCAUCUAACAUCAGCAUCCCAAAGACCAAAGUUAGUCACCAUUAAAACCCCAGAAAGGGUUGAUAAGGUUAGUGAGGCAACAGAGACAACACAAAAAAAUGGCAAUGAUUCUGUUGUAGGUGAAGAGGUGGAAGAAAGAAAUGCCCAAAGUAAAACCUCUGGUCACGCUUACGGUCAAAUGUUGUCACCCACUGGAAUAAGCUCAUCCCAGGCCUAUUUCCAGCAAGCUAGGGCUGCAUCGCCCAGCAUUUCUAGUGAGGUAAGUGGUCAGAGUGCCUUCUCAGUUCACUCAGUAACUUCUUCUAAAUCUGGAAGUUAUAAAUGCCAAUGUGUUGUAGCUUUGACACUUGAAGAGGGAAAGAAAAAAAAGGUGGGAGAGGAAAAUGAAGCAAAGAAAGAUGGAGACAAAAUGGAACUAAAUGACAUAGAGGGCUCAAGAGGCACAGAACAACUAAGUCAAAACUCAUCUGGGUCCAUCUCUCUUGGGCUGCCCGAUGAGCAUGAAAUGUGUGACGCAGACAGCUACAAAUCUUGCUUGUCAUUGCGUAAUGACAAUCACAACAAGGAUAGACUGAGAACAGCAACUCCAAAUGUCCAGUCAAUAUUGUCUCAUCAGUCCAAAGUCAAAGAAAGUCCGAAAGCAGGCGAUGUCCCUACUAUUGAAGCACCUGGAUCUGAUGGGGAUGUUGACAACCACCCUAAGAACUAUAUUUGUGCCAGCCCAGCCUCAAGCUGUAACAUUAAAAGCAUCAAUGACAACAGGACCUCAUCUUCCCUGUCAUCAGCUGGUGCCAAUGUUAAAAAUUCUAAGCUAUCUCAACAAUCUGAUGGAGAUGUGAAAAAUGUUGAUCCUGACAACAAUGGCUCCAAAAAAUCAGCAAGUAGAGCCGAAGAAAAACAGAAUAGCCUCACCAACAAGGCAGCUGGUGGACACUGCAGUGGACUCUGUUCCCUCAUGAGUGACUUGGCAGCUGAUGCAAAAGUGAAUGGCUUAAAAGGAGAUGGUAUUGUCAAAGCGACUGACAGUGGCAGUGUCCAGUCUGGCAAAACAUCCAGUUCUUCAAAGAAAGUGAUGUCAGUCAGGUCCUCAAGGCAACGCAACUCCAGACGGUGCAGUAAAGAGACAUGUGGUGAAAGUACCAUGUCUGCUGCUGAUAUUCUCAUGGACACUAAGGCCAUGCGUCAACAUUGUCACCAGUCUAGAAAGGCAAGCAAAGCCAGCAGCGAACAGCAUGUUGAGAAAAUCAGGAGGCAUCAGAUAAAUAGGAACCAGAAGGAUCAGGGUGAAGGGACAGAAGUGACCCCUGCAUGUCUGCCCAACGCUUCGCCCAGUGAAGUUGUCAGUGAUUGGUUGCGUAGCAUUCCUUCCAACAGCAAUAUUAUCGCCCUAGAUGAGCUCACUGAGGAUGGGCCUGGCAAAGAAUUGAUGGCUAAAGCUGAAGCGGAAGUAACAGAUUCAAAUGAGGAACACACUCAGACGGAUAAAUUAGACAAGACAGAGAACGUUGGGGAUGACAAGAAAGAAGAAGAAUGUGCAGCAAUAGAUGAAGGAAAAAAUCCAGAUCUGACUGCAGGUAUUGGGGCAAUAGAAGCUUCUCCCCAGCCCAGCUCUCCGUUUAUUAGUGGAAAGGCAUUGCCUAAGAACUGGCGUUCUUCAGCUGCAGUGAUGAAGGUUCUUCUCAGCUCCUCUCUGGGACGAUGUAGAAGCUUGCCUGAGGUGUCUCCAGUUUAUGGCCGCAGACUAAGCACAUCAGCCAAGGGCCUCCUUGACUGUUUGGCCCAACUUCAGCUCAUUGAGCCCGUGGGGGGUCAAGGUUGCAACAAAAAUGAAGACAGAAACCGGCAGUAUGGGGACAUUAUAGCCAUUCUUCAAUCCCUUUGGCUCACUGAACCUAAGGACAUUGAGACCAAGGACACUGGCACAGAACAAGGGACCCCACCAAGGUCUUCAUCAGGGGUAGGCAUGAGCAGUGGCUCUGGUGGCUCAGGGAAGGACCAUGACCAUCAAGGAGGAGAUGAAACACUCCCCAAAGUGUCAUCACAUGAGGAUGAGGCUGUGGAGAAGGGUUUAGGGGAUGGAAUAGAACCACAAACCUCGGAAAUUAAGGAGGUAUUUUUAAAAGAACAACCUUUUCACAGUGAGGAGCAAAUUCAAGUCCCUUCAAUUCUGGAAAGUCCAAAAGAAGGGAACCCCUCAUCAUCUGACAAAAGCUCAGCCAACAAUAGCUCCAACUUCAGCUCAACAACACCUCCAACAGUUUUAAAAGCAUCAUUUUCAAAUAAACCGUCCCAAGAUCCCGAUCCAGUGUGGGUCUUGCACCUCCUGGAGAAGCUGGAGAAGGAAUUCAUGAACCACUACAUUGAUGCCAUGGCAGAGUUUAAAGUCCGUUGGGACCUUGAUGACAGCCUCAUUCUGGACACGAUGAUCUCAGAGCUGAAGGAUGAGGUGAGCCACCGAAUCCAAAGCAGCAUAAAUCGGGAAAUGAGUAAGAUCCAGAGUCGAUCUGGCCGAGGCGGUAAAUCACCACGGCCUCCAAAGGGGGCAAAUCUAUCCAGGGAGUCCACCAUGACAGAGAAGCGCCGACGGAUGCUGAAGGUCAUGAAGAACCAGUCAGUUAAAACUGCCGACUCCUUCAGCGAUGGCGAGAUGACAGCCGAGUUCAGUGACCAACGAAGUGACGACGAUUACUGCCCAUGUGAUGCUUGUGUACGCAAGAAAAUGGCUGUAAGGCCUCUCAAAAUGAACCCUGCGGCAGUUGACGCUCCUGUGAUGAUGGAGUUUGAUCUUCUUAAGAUACUACAGCUCAAGAAGACCCCAGCAGCUGUCCCUUCAUCUGUGUCACAGCCUAAAGAUAAGUGUGAUGACAGUGUAGUCAUAGAGGAGGAAGUGAGGAGUUUAGAGGUUGUACAGGAGGAAGAGGAGGAAGAGGAAUUAAGCGAGGAUUUCAAAACGAGUUUAGAAGAGACAAUUCCCGAGGAUGAUGAUGAGGAUGCAGAUGAAGAGGUGAAAUGUGAGGGUGAUGAGGGGGAAGAUGAGGAAGUAACAGGGGGCAGGGAAGCUGGGCACUCACAGAUCAGCGGGGAGAAAUUGUGCACGAGGGAAGAAACACCAGAGGAGGCUGACAAAACUAGUGAUAACAUGGGAGGUAAAGGGGAGAAGGAGACUGAAGAUGAAGCCGAGACAGCAGAGGAGGGGGUUGGGACAGUAUAUAAUGAAGAGGAUUCCGAGGGCGACAAGGUUGAUGGAGUGGAUACAGAGGAGGAAGAGCGAAAGGUUACCGAGGACUCUACAAAUCAAGAUCUUGAAGAAUCAACACUUUUGGAGGAGAAGGAAAACACCAGUGCUUCAGCAGGAGCAGAGAAUGAAGAUGAGCAAGAGGAGGAGGAGAAUGACGGUACUGGAGAGUCUCGAGAAGAAGGCGAGUCAUCACAGCAAGAAAGAGCCUCACAGAAGCGUCAUAGUUCAAACUGGGAUGUCUUUGUGACCGAGGGCGAGAAAGAUGAUGCUGAAGACUCAAGCACUGACGCUAAACAUCCAAGUGACAACAGCCCAGAUGAGUCAGAAUACAAGACUCACGGUGGUGAGGAGGUGGACGGGAGCACAACAGCAGAUGGCGCUCUGCUGCAUCAGUUCACCAGGAUUUCAGUGGAGUCCCAGCAGGGCUCUUCAGAAGACUGAGACCCCCCCCACCCCAUCAACUGAAACACAGAACUUGAAUCAACACUUUGUAACUCUUGGCUCUUUCUCUUAUUCAAAGACUGAUUAGAACAAGUGGACACGCCUGAACACUUGAUGCACUUUAUCUCUCUGCUGUGGGAGUCUUGAGUGAUGUGAAACUUGAAGUUGUAUUUUCUAAGAAUGCAGACGUAGUAUUUCAAGGAUAAGAAUGUUUUAAACUAAACUUUUAUAUUUAAUAAUUUAUAUCCAUAUAGAUCUCUAGGUACGGUUUUAGUUGCCAUAGUUUUUAUUUAUUAUUUUUGCGUGUGUAUUCUGUGAAACAUUUCUCUGUAUCACUAGCACAUUGCUUUUGAAGGGUCAAAUGUUACCGAACUAGUGGAACAGCAGCGUGACAUGUGUUACUGAUGCCUUACCGUAUCCGUGGCUAUACAGUAUGAGGGUGGAUCCACAGAAACAAGGACACGUCGCCAUGUUCAAGUAGAUGGGCUCCAUGCUCUCUCUGCAGAUAUGUUGACGAUGACAGAUGUCGUAUCUGGUUCUGCUCCUGAGCUUGCCAAGGGGGCGGAAGAGUGUGCUGCUAUCAGUGUGUUUGCGUAGGCAUCAGGGUGUCACAAAGUGCACCUCAUGUCCCAAGCGUGAUCCAUCCAUCCAUCCAUCCAUUUUCUGAACCGCUUCUCCUCACAAGGGUCGCGGGAGUGCUGGAGCCUUAUCUCAACUAUCUUCGGGCAGGAGGCGGGGUACACCCUGAACUGGUUGCCAGCCAAUCGCAGGCCCAAGUGUGAUGAAGACAUGAAUAUCAUGUUGAUACAGAUAAAAGCAAUGCAAAAUUGUAUUAUUUAUUAUUUUGUCCGUCAUUUGUACGAAAACAAAAGGUUACAUAUGCUCAACUUUCAAAGGACCUUGGCAUAUUGUUUGCAGGUAUGUUAAAUAUAUGUUAAAUAUCCUGAACAAAAAUAUAAACACAACAAUUUAGUUUUUGGCAACCAGUUCAGGGUGUACCCUGCCUCUUGCCUGCCAUUAGUUGGGAUAGGCUCCAGCAUACCCAUGACCCCAGUGAGGAUAAGCAGUGUAGAAAAUGGAUGGAUGGAUGGAUGGAUGGAUGAACUUGAAGACUUUUUCUAUUUGUUGUUCACAAAUCUGUCCAAAUCUGUGUUAGUGAGCGUGUUUCCUUUGCCAAGAAAAUGCAUCCACCUCACAGGUGUAGUAUAUUAAGAUGCUGAUUAGAAAGCAUGAUUAUUGCACAGGUGUUUCUUUAGGCUGCCUACAAUAAAAAGCCAU